GAAAAGAAAACUAAAUCAAAGACACUGAGAAACAAGUCUGGCAUCUCUUCAUGGUUAUUUCCAGAGACUGUAAAGGAGAAGAUGUAGUCUGGACGAACCAUAUCUGCCUUUAGUUCUGAAGAAAUAUGUUGAAGUGAUAGUGACUGACUUAAAUCUGUGAGAAACAUGGCCAGUCAAGAUGCAGGAAAAGUGUUAAAGUACUGCGCAGGAAUCAUCUUAACUGUCCUGCUGACCCAUGACUGCGGUGUGGAAGCACUUGAUUUCACUGAAACAAAUGUAGAUUUAGAGUUGAGACAACUGGAUGGUACAACAAUAAACGCAGUGACAACAGCGGCAACAGUUUUUACAAUGUCAAUGACAAUAAAUGAAGAUUUUGACAUUAGUCUCAACAACCCAGAUGAUUUGAAGUACAAAUUUUAUGCCAGCAAAAUUCAGUCAGCAAUUGAAGAAAGUUACAAAAAUGUGCCUGCCUAUAUAAAGGGUUCAGUAAGGGUGAUUCGUUUCAGGCCUGGUAGUAUUAUAGCAGACUAUCAGUUUGAGUCGACAACCAGCAGUCCCAACAGCCCCGACUUUGCAAACGCAAACAAACUGGUCGCCAGCACUCUCAUAAAGCAAGGAUUCAGUGUAGCUUCGGAUGCUUUUGCUCAAAGUGAACAAAGGCACUUGUCUGCAGAAGAAUGGUAUCCUCAGCAAAACAUGGUGCUGAAAUGCGUACGCCCGGAUUCUGUUGAGGGUACAAUGAGAUGGACAGUAAAUGGACAAGAUCCUACACUAAACCCUGUUAAAUACAGCAUUUCAUCUGACAGCAGCACUCUCACUGUGAAUAACGUCAAUGAGCUUGACAGAGGUCGAUACGUAUGUAUCAUAGACAGGACAAUACCUUACAUUCAGUGGCAGGAUAUAGUUAUUCAGCUACUUCCCAACAUCAUAGUGGGUGCAAAUGACAGGACGUUCCAGUGUGUUAACCAGAAUGUUUUACUGACAUGUUGUGAACAAACGAACAGUGUGGAGUGGACCCAAAUAUCGCCUGAUGAUGUUGUGACACCUCCAGUGGAUGGAUGCCUCACAUUAAACCAUGCGAUCAAAAAUGGAAAUUGUGGAAGUAAGACCUUUAUAUGUCAACUCAAGAGCACAGCGCUUCAAAGUUUCAGCUAUGGCAAAAAAAGUGUUACUGUAAAAGCAGUGGACAAUGUGUUUAGCUGUAAAAAUAUAAUGCUUGGAGAUGGAAUUGAAGGUGCUACUGUGACAGGACCCUGUGAAAAAGGCAAGGAAGGCACCAUUACAUAUAGAUGUAGAUUAGGUGUAUGGGAGCGUCAAGAGACAAACUGCAUACUUCAGGUUAUCGUAAAUCUAGGAAAGCAAGUUCAGGUUUUGCAAGUACAGGACAUACCAGUAUUUAUGGCUGAUCUUAGUACAGCUACACAGAAUAAUACACAAGAGAUAACACAGUCUACUGUGACUGUCCAGACCAUUGUUGAAAUACUUGCAAAGGUUGCUGCUGUUUCACAAAACGUUAUCAUCAAUCUGCCUGUGAUGAAGAAUUUCCUUAAAACAGUGGAUAUCCUUGUUUCAACAUCUUCCUUUUCCACAUGGAAAAAAUUGAACAAUAACACCAGGGCAGAUAACACCAGCACAGUACUUCUGAGCGCUAUUGAGAAUAUUAGUGCCCGUCUUACAGAUGCUAAUUUUACGAUUAAUGAAGCAUAUAUUGAUUUAAGUAGAAUUGUUUCAACCAGCUCCUCAUAUAUUGCAAUAUCAAGCCUGCCACACUCCAAUACUGAGAUUACAAUACCACAGAUUCCUGCAUCAACUCCUAUAACCAUUAUAGUCUUCACAACUCUUGACAAUGUCCUACCUACUCGAGAGACCAGUAAAAAAGGCAUUAUCAAUCCAGAUGUGCGCAUCAAUGGAGAUGUGGUUGUAGUAAAGGUUGACAACAAAACGAUUAACAACAUAUCUUUUGCGUUUGACAUUACUAAUCAGACUUUGAAAAAUCCUCAGUGUGUCUUUUGGAACUUUAUUCUUGAUGCAUGGGAUUCCACUGGAUGUGAAGUAAAGCACUUUAUAAGUGGAGGGAUUGAAACUGGCAGUGUUACAUGUGAAUGCAACCAUACAACCUCAUUUUCAAUCCUAAUGUCACCGUUUGCCAUUGAUCACCAAGUCUUAGCAUAUAUAACUUACAUUGGCGUAGCUAUUUCGAUGGCCAGCCUGAUCAUAUGCCUGACUAUUGAGACCAUUGUGUGGAAGUCAAUGACAAGAAAUGACACAUCCUACAUGCGACAUGUCUCCAUAGUCAACAUUGCUGUGUCUCUGCUGAUCGCAAAUAUCUGUUUUAUCAUUGGAGCUGCAGUCGCAGAAAGUGAGCAGCCGACCUCAGCAGGACGCUGUAGUCCAGUGGUUUUCUUCAUGCAAUUUUUUUACCUGGCUCUUUUCUUCUGGAUCUUACUGUCAGCACUGUUGCUCUUUUACCGUACAGUCAUGGUCUUGUCUCAAAUGUCAAGAGCUAAGAUGAUGGUCAUUGCCUUCACAGUCGGUUAUGGUGCACCUUUGCUCAUAGCCAUCAUUACUGUUGCAUCAACAGCUGGACCUCAAAAUUAUGUUACCAAAAAGGAUGCAUGCUGGCUGAACUGGAACGAAUCAAAGGCUCUGCUGGCAUUUGUGAUUCCAGCUCUCACUAUUGUAGCCAUAAACCUUGUGGUUUUGAUUGUGGUUCUGUACAAGAUGUUGAGAAGAGGAGUUGGUGCCACAACUCAACCAGAUGAGAAGCAUGCCCUGGUGGUUAUUGCCAGAUGUGUGGCCAUUUUGACUCCUAUCUUUGGUCUAACAUGGGGAUUUGGAAUUGGUACCACGGUGUCACAGGAAUUAGGUGUUCAUGUGGUUUUUGCACUCCUUAAUUCACUGCAGGGAUUCUUUAUUUUGGUGUUUGGAACGCUUUUAGACAGCAAGAUCCGUGAGGCUCUGGCAGGAAGACUGUCACUAAGGAACCUUACCAGCUCUAACCGUACCAGGAAUACUAAUGUAGGACCAUCAUCUUCAAGCGGACAGAAUUUCUUUUUAAGAAAUAUAAAUGAGUGCAACUCGUCUAGAGCCAGCAUUUUCACAACUACAUCUUCAAACAGCUCCUAUUCCUCAGAUACUUUUAUGAACGCUUGAUCAGCUACUUCAUUAACGAAAAUCUACCUUAUCAAAUUGUAACCAGAUUUGCUUUCUAUUUGUUAUUUUUAUAUAACGCUGUUCUGUUCUGUCUGAUUUAUAUACAAAAUAACAAAUAAAAAAUAUUUCAUUGUUUCACUGAUAA